UAAUACUACAUCUAUAGAAACCCCCAACACCUCACUUCACCGGGUCCUGUACGAUUUGCAAGCUACAUCCUAUUUUUGCAUCAUUUCCUAUGUUCUCGAGCAGCAAGAGGGUCUCGACGAAGAAGAAAAAGCAUGCCUCUCCUCCCGGGAGUUGGAGCAGAGCGAGUGGCGGUUGGCUGGCUGCAUUAUCGGCGUUUUUCGUGAAGGGUGUUUUUUUUUUCCCUCGAAAGAGGGAGAGAGGGUUGGAUGAAACCCAUCCCAGCCAUGUUCUGACAGUUCAAGGCUAUAUGAGUGUAUGGAGGAGGCAAGCGAAGAAUGAGUGUUUUGUUGUUUGAAUGGGCCGAUUAACUCAACUCUUCUUGACUUCUUUAAUCUACCAUGGUCGAGUCUGGACGAACCGAUGAAUACAACUGUUUAAUUUCAAGAAAACAA